GGCUGGCGCAGUUUGCUGAGCCCACCGAGGCUGUCGACAGUGUGCUGAAAUACCUUAAGAAACACCAGAGAGAAGAAGUAAGGGAGCUUCUGUGCACUUCAAUGGAGGAUUAUACUCCGUCUGACGUGAAUCUUGAGGACUUUUUUCAGAACGGAAAGUACGAAUGUGAGGCUGCCAGGAAAGCGGACUUACCACAGUGGGUACUUGAUGCUUUGGCAGAAGGUGCCUGUGUCAUGCCGUCAGAUGCUUUUGCUGGAGACUCUAGGAGUGAAAAUGAGUUUCCUAGAAUCUAUUCCGAGUCACUUACAACUCCCUGUUGCUGUAACGUGUUACUGGAUACGUUGUUCAGAACCAAAAGUUAAAUUGCAUCAAUUGAAGGCUUUACUUCUAAUGAUAGUAUCUGGAGAACUGCAGAGGAUAACAAAUGAUCCAGAUCCCGCAGUUUUAUGUGCUGAAGAUGACAGUAUUGCAUAUAAUGAAUUUCUAAAAUGGAAAGAAAAGAAAUUGCAAAAGAAAGACUUUGAUUUAGAUGCUGCACACAGUUUUUGCCAGUGGCAGUGCUGCCUUCAGAUGGGAUUGUAUCUCAACCAGCUACUUUGCACUCCUCUCUCUGAGCCAGACCUAAGUAGGCUUUACAGUGGGACCCUUGUGCACAGACUGUAUCAAGAACUUAAAUCAACACCUUCAGUGGAAAAUCUGUUCAGUUUAUCUCCAAAAAUGACUCAGCUUUAUCAGGCUUUGUUAAACACAGUGGAGUCAACUGUAUCUCCAGACUUCUUUCAGAAGAUGACCAAGACCAAAUCUGAGUCCUGCAAAAAGAAGAAAGCAUCUAGUAAGAAAAAAAAGACCAGAGGUGCUAUACCAGAAACUCAGCAUUUAUGUAACAUUAAUAGGUUUGCAUCACUUGGAGUGGAUGACUGAAAGCAUUAUUCCUGGAAUAACUUUGCCAUGCAGAUGGAAGAAACUAUUAUUAAAAUAUGUGGCUGUAUUGGAAUUUGCUCAGCUGUUUUCAUGCAAGUUCCUAAUUCAAUCUUUACCACCAAUUCUUGCUUCAGGGAAUUUUUUAAUUUACUUUUUUUGUAACUAACACUCUUAUAAAAGAGGUGCUGUAUAAAA